AUGCCGACUUCACGUCCGAUAGAGUCUUUCAAAUGCCUUACCUUUGACUGCUUCGGCACCCUUGUCGACUGGGAGACGGGCAUCUACACCGCUCUGUCCCCUCUGACGCAGCAACUGCCCGCCUCCCACCCGCUGCAAGGCAACCGCCUCGGCGUGCUGCGGCUGUUCAUCCUGCACGAGAACCGCGUGCAGCUCGAGGACCCAGCUGCCAACUACAAGACAGUGCUGUCUGAGACCUACCGGGGCAUCGCCACCGAGCUCGGCCUCGAGGCCGCGCCCGCUGACAUGGCGCGGUUCGGCCACAGCGUGGGCGAGUGGGUGGCCUUCCCGGACACGGUGGACGCGCUCAAGCGGCUGCAGAAGCACCUCAAGCUCGUCAUCCUGUCCAACGUGGACCGCGAGUCCUUUGACCGCACGCUGGCCGGUCCCCUGCGCGAGGUCAAGUUUGACGCCGUGUACGUCGCCGAGGACAUCGGCUCGUACAAGCCCGACCUGCGCAACUUUGAGUACCUGCUCGAGCACUGCCAGAAGGAUCUGGGCAUCGGCAAGGACGACAUCAUCCACACCGCACAGAGCUUGUUCCACGACCACGUGCCCGCGAACAAGAUGGGCCUACCCUCGGCCUGGAUUGAGCGCGACGCCGGCGUCGUCAGCGUCAUGGGCGGCGAGCACGAGGACCUCAAGAACCAGGUCGACUUUUCGUGGCACUUCAAGACCAUGGGCGACAUGGCUGACGCAGUGGAUGCUGCGCACGCCGCCGCCGCCGCCCGUCACUGAGUUCCCCAGACAGCCAGGGCGCAUUGGGAUCUGAGCUCAGCAUGGUCUUGUGGCGCCUUGCACCGAUAACUUUGUCGCACGAGAAGUGGAGUCCCGGCCGAACCGUUUUUAUUAUAGCAGAAGCAGCUGCGGUGGAUAUAGGGCGUGCCGCCGAUGGCUGAGGAGGAUAGGGCAGCUGAGGCGUCUUGGCGUAGUUACGGGCCAAUCAUGGUGGGAAGAUUGACAGCAGCACUCUCCAACUCCUCGUACUAGAUUGUUACUUAGUUUUUGCACC